CAGAGUACAUAUGUUCUCUUGUCAAACAGCUCACUUCAAGCAUCAUGUUGUCUGACAGGAUAUCUCCAGUCUCAAGUCUUCUAUUUUCUCUUUUUAUGACACUUUCAGCUAAAACUGUGGAUUUUGAUAAACCAUCAUUAGUCUUGGUGAAGACCGGAGAACAUGUUACUCUUAACUGCACUUUUCUGGACACCAGUAGAUCAGAUCAUAUUGUUUGGUACAAACAAAGAUUUGGAGAAAUGCCUCAUGAAGUCGAAGAAAGCUUUUUGCAUACGGACGUUAAAAUGUCUCCUCGGGUCAACAGCUCAGGGGUGAAAUUUGAGAAGAUUAAUAAUGGGAUUUCUUUGACAAUAGGACACGCAAAAAAAGAGGAUGAAGGACUUUACUUCUGUGGACUAGCUAACUGGGAGAAAGUUCGAAUUUUCAAUGGGACACUCUUGACGGUAACAGGUACUGAAGAUGUAAAAGUGAGUGUGUGGCAGCGCAGCGUGUUGGACUCGGUUCCUGCAGGAGCCUCAGUGACUCUGCAGUGCUCGGUUCUCUCUGAGAGCAGAGCAGCAGAACUCCAAGUGCUCUGGUUCAGAGCUGCUCCACCACAAUCCCAUCCUCAAAUCAUUUACACUCAUCACAACAGCAGCCAUCAGUGUGAGAGCGACUCUUCUACACACACCUGUGUGUACAACUUCUCCAAGAACAUCCUCAGCCUCAAUGAUACUGGAACUUACUACUGCGCUGUGCUCCUGUGUGGGAAGAUCAUCUUCGGGAACGGGACACCGGUACAGAUGGAAUCUGUGGAUUCUGUAGUGAUCUGCCUCUCAAUAGCUUUAGCAGUGUGUGUGGUCGUGAUCUUCAUUCAAGCCGCUUUCACCUGUAAAAAGAGAAGCUUGAGACUUCAACAAGGUUCCAUCAUAGAAAACAUCCCUAAUCAAAUCGACGACGCUAUGGAUCUGAAUUACGCUGCCUUACAUUUCAAUCAAAGAAAAAUGAAAAGAAAGAGAAGAAAGAAAGAUUCGCCCGAAGACUGCGUGUAUUCUGAAGUGCUAAAAUUGUCAGCUACGUAGAUCACAUCGUUAAUAUUUCAGAUCAUGUUUUCUCUUUU